AUGGGCAGGAGAGACACCUAUGAGAAGAACCUUCGUCGGUAUUUUGUUGAAAAGGAAUGGCUUGGUGAACGAGAGCACCAAGUCCGUUCUGACCACACUAGGUCCUUGAACAUGAACGACAUGGGUCCCGAUGAUUUUGAUGACAAUGAUAGGUUUGGAGAUACCACCAACCUUGCCUCAGAGUCCGACCCUGGUUCGUCCGAUUAUGACAGCUCAGAUGCCGACGACUCCCGAUCAGCAGGGUCUUGCUCCGAAGACCUGGCGUCCAAACGAGGUGAAAGCAGCGCGAAGAAGCUCAAGAAGGGCAAGGGAAAGAGGGCAAAGUCUAGCAAGGGAAGUGACAACUUGCAGAAGUCAAAGUCUCGGCGUCUGGCUUCCCCUGAAUCGGAAGAACCUUUGGAGGAGAUUGACAAUGCAGAAACCAUACUCGAACAGAUUCUGAAGCAGGCGUCCUCCCUUAGCACUGUGAGCAAGCAGUUGCAAGAUCUAGGUGGUUCCCUUGCUUUGGAGGCGCAGACAUCCAUCGAUGCUCGCCAGAAGUCCCUGAUGAUUUGCCAUGAUGAGAUCGUAGAUUACAAAGCUACUUUCGAUGCUGAUGGCAAGCUGGAUAAGGAGAAAGUCAAGAAGCUGCAGGAGGUGUACCGAAAGGUGGAGAUGGAGUCUGGUUCCUGGUGGUCCAAGCGAUUUCAACUGAACUUUUGA